AAGUUUAAUAAAGCCGUGAAUAUGAUAAAAUCGUAAACGUAUUUCUUGAGUGGCGAAUUGUUGAGUUAUUCAUUUUACACAAAAAUCUAAAAUCACUUAAAUUCUAAAAAAAUAUGACUAUGUAAUUGAGAACGAGCAUCAAUUGUGUCAUUGGUUUUAAUAUGUAAACGGGCUUAAACAGCUGACGUUAAACUUAAAAAUGGCAGGACGUGGGUUCGACAGGCAAGACAAUAGUUUUGAAAAAGAAGUGUUUAUUACAAAUUUUCAGAAACCGUCAAGUUGUCACGUUUGUAAUGGCUAUUAUGGGCCUUGUUUCGAAGAACAAAUUUGCCAAACGUGUCAUUUAUUUCUUUUUUCUGAAGAUUUGUCUCAAGCCGUUCACGAAGACGUUCAUAACACAAUGGGCGUAGAAGAUGGUGAUAGCGGAAAUGAUGAACCAGCAGAUUCAUUCUAUAAUGGAUUUCAACGUCCAGUUCAAGAUGUCCCACUUGAUGCACCUGGUGACCAGGCAGCAGCUCCGUCUCAAGAUCUAGCACGGCGACUUCAAUUGUUGUCUGAAAUGACAGCGCCACGCCUUCAACCUUUUGACGGGGAUAGUGAUUACUUCCAAGAGCUUCCUCCUGAAGUAUUAUUGACUGUGUUUUCAUACUUGGACGACUUCAGUCUUUGGUGUGUAAGCAAAGUAUGCACACGUUGGGAUCAGCUUUUACGUUCUCAUAUUCCACAAACGACUUGGUAUAGAUUAGUAGAUAAAUGUUGGCCACUGUACAAGCCCCUUAAAACGGUUGACGACUGGCACUUAGUGUGCUCAUCAUUAAUUAAUAGUUCGUCGUGUAUAUCAUGUGUACGUCGCAUGUUCAAUCGCCCUUAUGCUGAAUGUCAAGAAAACUCUUGGAGAAGAAGACGAUUGCGCCACGAAGUCAAAAGUCUAAAAGGUGACCCGCCUGAGGGUAUCAGAGCAGUACCAUUGGAUAGUCAUUGGUGCCACUGGCAAGCCACAAUUUUGGGACCUGUUGGUAGCCCUUUUGAAGGUGGUAUCUUCUAUCUUUACAUACAAAUUCCUUAUGGUUAUCCAAUGAGCCCUCCAGUAGUAAGGUUUCUCACAAAAGUUUUUCAUCCAAAUAUAUCUCGCCAUGGCGAUAUUGGUCUUGAUUCGAUUCAUCACAAUUGGAGUCUAGCAUUAACUUUGGCUAAAGUUUUGAUAUCCAUUCAGUCGUUAUUGACCGAUCCGUUUUGUGAUGUCUGCAUGGAACCAGAUAUUGCACGUCUUUACAAUAAUGAUAGACAAACAUAUGAUUCAGUUGCAAGGCACUGGACUCACCAAUUUGCUAUGAAUGAUAUUCUUUCUUGGCCAAAUAAUUGAAGAAUUGUAUACAUUUAAUUUAUUAACUCUAUUUAAUUAUAUUUUAUUUAAAAAUUUAAAAAAAUAAAUUAUUUGCUUUUAGAAUCAA